AUGGACGACCAAACAAGCAGAAUGAACACCUUACCCGCCAGUCCGAUCGCUCUGGAUUAUCUGGAUGAGUUUGACCUCCUGAAGUUCGAAGUGAAACAGGAACUGCCCCGGCUGGGCAGCAGCUCUUCCGUCAGUUCCACCCCGUGUAGCUCCGUGCCCCCCUCGCCCACCUUCGACAAGGGGGCAGACCCCAAAUCCUCCCUGGAGGAGCUCUACUGGAUGGCGACGUUGCACCAGUCUUUGGCGGCGGCCGCGGCGGGCGCCGGUCCGGAGACGCAGAUGGUGCCAGGGCUGGAUGAAGCCGUCGAAGCCUUUUUGGGGGUACCGGCAGCAGAAGGGGGUCUUCGAAACAGCGUGAGCCCCCAGCUGCAGGGGUUUCUGGGAUCCGCCGAGAGCUUUGGGGCCGAGGAACAGCAGCAACUGCUAUCCCGGCUUUCCGACCGCUUCUCCGACGCCCAGCUGGUCUCCAUGUCCGUGCGGGACCUCAACCGGCAGCUCCGCGGCUUCGGCAAGGACGAGGUGCAGCGGCUGAAGCAGAAACGGCGCACCCUCAAGAACCGCGGCUACGCCCAGUCCUGCCGCUUCAAACGGGUCCAGCAGCGCCACAUCCUGGAGGCCGAGAAGUCCCAGCUGGCCCAGCAGUUGGAGUCCCUGCGGGUGGAGGUGGGCCGCUUGGUCCACGAACGAGACAUCUACAAAGCCCGGUGUCAGAAGCUGCUGAGCGAGGCGGCCGGGGGGCAUUGUGGGGAGGGGGCCCCCAAGGCCCCCCUAGCUCAGGCGCCCUCCAUGGUGCAGUUUUUUUUAUGA